AUUGUCAGAUCACCUCUAAAUUCAAAUAAUGAAUUUCUGUUUACAAUUUUUAUUCCAAUUUGUAAAGCUAUGGUGUCUUCCUUGUUAACCGGUACUAACAAUCCGAACUCUACAGCUUUAAUUAACGACAGACGUGAAAUCAAGGAGAUCAAUGUUCUUCGACAGAUCAUCAACCAGGAAACUCUCAUCCGUUUAGCCAUGUUCAGGGAUGUAAAGGCAUUAGUUGAAGACGUUACUUCUGUGAAGCGUAAUAUAAAGUCUACAAAAACAAUAAUCUCCUCUUUACAACAGGCUGUAGAAACGUUAAAAAGACAGCUUGGUACGCUUAGUCAGGAGCAGAAAAGAGAAAUGCAGAAAAUUGAGCAAAAUAUUGCCGAUAUCUACAAACCUUUUUAAUAACAGGAUAUUGCAAACUGUCGAAAAAGAGAAUGAUGUUACCUUUUGAUAACAAAACCAUGCUUUAAGGAACUUGUUUGAAGUAUUAAUCAUCUUUGCUGUGUUCCAAGAAAUUCAUGACUAAACAUUUAAGGGAUGCGGUAAAACUGCUAUAUUACAUAGAACUAUUUAAAAACGUCCUGUUCAGCGGAUAUUUAAACUUGAGGAUAUAAACAAGAAAUGUUUUCGUCAGGACAACGAGAAAGUUAAGUCAUGGCAACAGUGUGGACAAUUUUCUUCAUGUCUAGUUUAUUUUGUAUAAAUUCUCAGUAUAUUGAUUUGGAUAAUAUUGCUGCGUGCAAGAGUAAUGAAAAGAUGGAACAAUUUCAAACAUAUCUGACCGAGCAUAGAAGGCUCCAGCGUGUAGUAGAUCAACUGCGACAGGAUAACAUGGAAAUCAGAGAUUUGCUGACCAACCUUACAUUAACUAGGUUAAAACUAAAUGCAGAUUGUAAAGAUCUCAAGGUUAACGGACAAACACAAUCUGGUGUAUAUCAAAUAUAUCCCUUUGGAAACGAAAGCCAAGUCAACGUGUAUUGUGACAUGGUGACAGAAGGCGGAGGGUGGACAGCAAUCCAGAAGCGGAUCAGUGGAUCAGUGACCUUUAGCAAGACGUGGAAGGAGUUCAAAAAGGGUUUUGGAAACCCACAUUUCUCUUAUUGGAUUGGAAAUGACGUCAUUCACCAUCUUACCAAGGAAAGGAACUCAUCUCUUUAUGUCUCUAUUACUUUACAAAAUGGCACAACUUUCUACGAAUUAUAUCAUCAGUUUUCUGUUUCCGAUGAGGCAAACAAAUACAAACUCUUUCUUGGAGGCCCAUCUACCGGAACAUUGGGUGACAGUAUGUUAAACACGUGGAGUUCUACCGAUAAUUUGUUUGGAAUGUACUUCUCCACCACAGACCAAGACAAUGACAGAGCUAGUGAAAACUGUGCUGCUGACACAAAAGGAGGCUGGUGGUUUAAUAACUGUCACGACGCAUUUCUUAACGGUCCCUGGUCUCCGCAAUUCUGGUAUGAGCCUUGGACUCCAACAGUUCGUAAUGGUUAUGAAAUAAAGGAGACUCUAAUGAUGAUAAAACCUCACUGAUCGUGUUUCUUGUUGUUCAUUGAAAAAUGAAUUAUAGUGAAGAUAAAAUAUUUAGAAUUUCAGCUUACUUUCGGUUAACCAUCAAUUGUAGACGUUUAAUUCUUCAUACAGAGAUUUGUUGAGAGAAAAAAUGGGUUUUUUUUUUAAAUUUUUGUCAUUUUAGAAAUACACAGUAGUUUAUCAAGAAAUCGAAUUCUAUUUUCAUAUGGUGAAAAUAUUGAAGCAUAUAGAAAAAAUAUUUUAUUAUUGACAUAGUAAAAAUGUGAAGAAAAAAAAAACAACAAAAAAAACAUUUCCCCAUCAUUGAUGUUGGGACUAAAGAUUUCCUCCUGUUUGUCUAUUUUCCUUUGAAUAGUAAAUGGAUUUUCUCACAACAUGACGAAAAAAUGUAUCCUUAAGGUUUUUAAAAUCAAUUAAAUAAAAAGGCAUAUAUACUUGAUUGUAAAGAUAUGGGCAUUUGAAUUUCCUUGUCUUUUUCUUCUUUCACCCACCACUUGCUGUAUAACUCGUAUCAAUACUAAUCAGAUUAUAUUUAUAUUUUGAAAAAUAUAUGCAAAUGACAUAAAAAUGCUUUAUUUACUAUUGAGGCUUACAAAAAUGCAAUUUUAUUACAUAUAUGUACAGUUCUGUUUUCAAGGACAUGUUGCCAUGAAACAAUGUACAAGGAAAAAGAAAGUAAAUGUGACUUAUUAUAGUGAAAUGCAGUGUUUAUUAUAACGUUAAACAAAUAUUCGGCCUGUCAGAUCUAUACAAAACACUUAACAGAAAGCACUUUUGCUAUAACGAAUACCAUCGUCUGAAGCCACGGUCCGGAGUCCGCAUAUAGCUUUCUCCUACCCGUGGCUGUUUGAUCACAAAAAGUGUUGUAAUCUUGAAUAUUUACGCCUUUAAAUUGUGACGUCAUGUUCAGCCAAUGACAAUAUUUGUUUCCAUCGCAAUUGAAAUCAACAAUUGACAUCAACAGUAUACAAGAAAUGUUUCGUAUACUGCGAUUGGGUAUUGAAAGAUCGCGUCAAAGUUCAUUAUCCGACUAUGCUUUACGUGCAUUGGUCAAUAUUUUAAUGAGCUACGAAAUAUAUCCUCUUCUCAUUCAACCACGGCCAGAAUGGGAGGGGAUCGUACAUUUUGGCCGGGGUUUGCGACGAUGAACGAAUACAAGUGUCAAUUUUUUGUCUAUAUUAAAUAAUUAUUAUGAAGGCUGGAUGUUAACAUCUGAAUGCAAGUAUUUAACAGUUUGUCAAGGAAAACUUGAUGAAAAAAUCUAAUCAAUUUUUUUUAAGAGUUCGGGCAACGUAUUAGCUUACGACUGGCAUAAGAAGAGCAUUAUUGUUACCCUCAUUCUUUAUCAAUUGAGACGGAGAUGGUAUUUUUCUCAUUUUCAUCAUUUUCUGAUUGUCUAAUGUAAUUUAUGAAAUCUUUAUAAAAGUGAAAAAUGUGCUUAAAUACAUGAAUAUAUUAACAA